AUGCUUGAUACCCUUCGCACAUACAAUUACAAUGAAAAAGAUGAUGGAAAACGAUCUUUAGAAGAAGAUCCUGCUACAUUCAACUCACCUACAGAUCAACCUUUACGAAAUAAAAAUGACCAAGAUUCACCCUCCCUCUCGGCUCCUGUGUCGCGUGCAUCGUCCCAUAUCGAAGGUAUGUUGGACCCGUCACCACCAUGGGACCUUAUCAGUUUACCUCACGAGAUUCUAUUUGUGGUUUUGUUAUGUAUUGCACAACUUUUCACACAAGCUUCAGUGGCACAGACUAUAGUCACAUACCAGGCCAUUCCACAAACUUUUAAUGUGUCGACACCAGGAGAGAUUUCAUGGUUUUCAUCUGCAUUUUCAUUAACAGUGGGAACAUUUAUUCUUAUAGCAGGAAGACUCGGUGACAUGUAUGGACUUAAACGUAUGUACAUUGCAGGAAUGGCUUGGUAUGGACUCUGGUCACUUAUCUGUGGUAUUGCAUCAUACUCAAAAUCUUCAAUCUUUUUCUCUGUUUGUAGAGCUCUCCAGGGAAUUGGGCCUGCAUUUGUUCUGCCAACAGCUGUAGGCAUCAUUGGAGCAUAUUAUCCCAUGGGUCCACGCAGAGUCUUUGUCAUGUGUUGUUUUGGUGGAGUCGCACCCUCGGGGUUUAUAGUGGGGUCUGUAUUUUCUGGAAUUUUUACCCAACUUGCUGGCUCAUGGCCUUGGCUAUUUUAUUCACAAGCAAUUGCGUGUACCAUUGUUGCUAUACUUGCAUAUUUCAUAAUCCCUCAACAUAUUGGGGUCGCCUUUAAUAAACAACAAACAUUUGAUUAUUGGGGGGCUCUCACAGGUAUCACCGGUCUUAUUCUUUUUAAUUUUGCCUGGAAUCAAGGCCCCGUUGUUGGAUGGCAUAUCCCUUAUGUUUACAUUUUAUUAAUUGUUGGAGUUUUAUUUCUUGUGGCUUUUAUUUUCAUUGAACGCCGGGUUGAAAACCCCCUCGUCCCUCCAGCCAUGCUUAAGGGUGAAACAGGUGCAAUUCUAGGGUGCAUUGCCUGUGGUUGGUCUUCCUUUGGAAUCUGGGUCUUUUAUAUGCACCAAUUUGCAUUCCAUGUUGAGCACCGUACCAUGCUCAACAUGACGGCACGGCUGGUCCCAUUAACCCCAAGUGGUAUUGCAGCAUCCAUGAUUACUGCAGUUCUUAUCCCACGUAUACCAUCCUCCUUUAUUAUGCUUAUUUCAACCAUCGCCUUUUGUGUUGGUAACUUAUUACUUGCUUUACGUCCGGCAAACCAAAUCUAUUGGGCCCAAAUGUUUGUUUCUCUUUUAUGUAUGCCAUUUGGUAUGGAUAUGAGUUUCCCAGCUUCUACUGUUGUUUUAAGCUCACAUUUACCUCGUGAAAAACAAGGAGUUGCAGCAUCUAUUGUAAAUACAGUAGUUAAUUAUUCUAUUUCUAUUGGACUUGGUAUUGCAGGAACUGUGGAGUAUUAUAGUACUAAGAAUUUACACCAACCACAGAAACAAACAAUCCGCAAUGCCCAAUGGACUGGCACUGGGUUGGGAGGUUUUAGUAUAUUGAUUGCAUUAUGGUUUGUGUUUGUACAAGUGAUUAUACCUCGGUUGAAAAAGAAAUGA